UUUAUUGUUUCUAGAUGAGUAUAUUUGCCACUAGCUGUCUACAAAGCUUCCAGAUUAAAUUUCAGCUCUCUAAUAUUUACUUGAAGCAUAAUAAACUUUUUGCUGCUAGUUCAGAAAUCAGGCAGUACAUAUCCGAUGUAGCUGCAUGUUCUUAGUCUCUCCCUUUCCCUCUGAUCGGUGAAGACUCUGCUAAAUGUUCAAAUGCUAGAUCUUGUGCUCCGAAAUCAGGAAUCCAUAUUUACAUCAGAACUUGGUUUGUCUAUUACUGAAUAUGCCUUGAGAAGCAUUCUGUUCUAUCCAAUCUCAAUAGGGUUGACCCUCAACAGUCCUGGGGAUCUAGCCAUCAGUCUUGGUACUAGUGACACUGUAUUUGGGAUCACAACUGAACAUAAACCAUCGUUAGAAGGGCAUGUCUUUCCUAAUCCAGUGGAUACAAACAGCUACAUGGUUAUGCUGUGCUAUAAGAAUGGCUCUCUGGCACGUGAAGAUAUAAGGAACCAGUGUGCGGAUAAAUCUUGGGAGGUUUUCAAUAAAUUUUUGCAGCAAACCCAACCUCUAAAUGGUGGAAAAUUAGGCUUUUAUUACAAGGACCAUGAAAUUCUUCCUCCCCUCCCAGUCGGGUUCCAUCGUUAUGUUCUUGAGAAUUUCAAUGAAGAGUCUUUGGAUGAAGGAAGAGAAUGCGAAGUUAAGGAAUUUGACCCUCCAUCUGAGGUUCGGGCAUUAGUUGAAGGACAGCUACUUUCUAUGCGAGCUCAUUCCGAAAGAUUUGGCAUGCCUUCACCUCCAAAGCGGAUCAUUGCUACUGGUGGAGCAUCAGCAAACGACUGCAUUCUGAGCUCCAUAGCUUCAAUUUUCGGGUGCAAUGUUUAUACAGUCCAAAGGCCAGACUCGGCUUCAAUGGGAGCUGCAUUAAGGGCAGCUCAUGGUUGGUUAUGCAACAAGAAGGGUAAUUUUGUACCGAUAUCGUGCAUGUACAUGGACAAAAUGGAAACGACAUCUCUCAAAUGCAAACUUGCUGCAACUGCUGGAGACCAAGAACUUGUGUCCAAGUAUGCUUUAUUGAUGAAGAAAAGAGUGGAAAUUGAGAACCGCCUCGUCCAAAAACUUGGACGCUUGUGAGAUUGAAAUAGGGGUUGAAACAGUUCUCAUUCAUAAUAUGGAUAAAUAAUUGCUUAUACUGCAUUUAGGUUAAUGGGGGGAGUCUAC